AUGGUGCCUGGAGAAGGUUUGGAAGAUGUUGAUCCAGAAGAGGCCAAACUGUCUUUGGAGGAGCUCCAACUGGAAUCUGACAUUCGUGCAUUGGAGAUGGAGAUCAGCAUCAUGGACAUGAAGCGCCAGAUUGAGGUCCAAGAGGAACAUCUGGAAAACUGGCAGCAGGUGCUGUCCAAGGACAAGGCUGGGCGCCUACAAUGUGAAAAACUGAGGGAGGCCCAGGAGGAGCUUGCCCAACUGCGCGCCAAGUGUGCUGCCAUUGAAGCACAGCGCCCUCCACGAUUGCCUAGCCCUACCAGAGCUGCAGUGGAACAAUCUCCCCGAGAGACGGCUCCAGAAGUGGCACCACCAGCUACCAUUGAGCGUGCUGGCGAGGCAAAGGGCGGAGUUCCAGGGCUGCUGCCGCCGCAGCAGCUGCAGCCGUUGCAGGAGGCCAAAACUCUGGCCUUCGUGGCGGCUAUGAAGCUUCACGGGUUAUAUCACAUAGGUAGCUAG